AUGCAAGGAAAUACUAAUAAGAAAAAGGCCAAAAGGGGUGUUGAGAAGGAGAUUAAAGAGGUCAAAAUAGAAGUACAAGAGAGGAAUGAUAUUGUAAAAAGUGUUAUGACGAAACCAGCCGAGUUGAUAGCUGAGUGUGAUAAAUGGAUUAAUAAUGAAGGGCUAUGUUCAUGGAGUAGUGAUAAUAUAGUGGAAGUGGAUGAACAAAUGUCAUGGGGUACAUGUUGGUCACCGGUUUGGGACGUGGAAUUUAUGGGAGAAGCUUAUAAUAAUUUGUACAAUGAUGUUUUAUGGGACGAUGAUAUUUGGAAUUUGCAAGCUAUUAAGGAAGUUCCAAGUCCAUAA